AACAAUGAAGGGAGACAGCAGACAUCUGAAUGAAGAAGAGGGUGCCAGCGGGUGUGAAGACUGCACCAUCCUUAAUGGGAACUGCAGUGACCAGUCCUCAGACACGAAGGAUGCUCCCUCACCUCCAGUCUUGGAGGCAGUCUGUACAGAUGUGGUCUGCACACCACAGAGCAGAGGCCGCAGAUCAAGCUCACGGCUGUCUAAGAGGGAGGUCUCCAGCCUUCUGAGUUACACUCAGGACUUGGCAGGAAAUGGAGAAAGACAAAGAGACAGUGAGGAGGAGGAAGAGGAGGAGGAUGACUGUGAUCUAUUAAUGCCAAAGCUUACCCGGGAGACCAAGGACACUAGGGCAGCCACACCCUUGGAAAGCCCAGCGAUCCGAACCCGAAAUAGCAACAGUACCUCCAGCUUGGAGAGGCAAAGACCCUCCCCCAGAGUCACCCGAGGCCGUCAGGGCCGCCGCCAUGUGCAGGAGUACCCCGUGGAGUUCCCAGCUACCAGGUCUCGGAGACGUCGGGCAUCGUCUUCAGCAAGCACACCGUGGUCAUCUCCUGCCAGUCCUCACCUUGCAGAAGAAGGGACACCUCAGAGCAGCAGUACCCCAUCAGUAGACUUGAGCCAGGAUGGCCAUCAGGAAGGCAUGGACACCACCCUGCUGUAUGCAGAAAGCAGGCACUGGGACAGCUCUGAAUAUCAGGAUGACAAGGAAUUUGGAAUAGGUGACCUCGUGUGGGGAAAGAUCAAGGGCUUCUCCUGGUGGCCUGCCAUGGUGGUGUCCUGGAAAGCCACAUCAAAGCGCCAGGCUAUGCCCGGCAUGCGAUGGGUACAGUGGUUUGGCGAUGGCAAAUUUUCUGAGGUCUCUGCGGACAAACUCGUGGCCCUGGGACUGUUCAGCCAGCACUUUAACCUGGCCACUUUCAAUAAGCUGGUUUCUUACAGGAAGGCCAUGUACCACACCCUGGAGAAAGCCAGGGUGCGAGCUGGUAAGACCUUCCCCAGCAGCCCUGGAGACUCGCUGGAGGACCAGCUGAAGCCUAUGCUGGAGUGGGCCCACGGGGGCUUCAAGCCCACUGGGAUUGAUGGCCUCAAACCCAACCACAGGCAACCAGUGGUUAAUAAAUCGAAGGUGCGUCGUGCAGUCGUUAGGAACUUAGAACCCAGGAAACACGAGGCCAAAAGUCGAAGACGCACAACCAAUGACUCUGCCACUUCGGAGUACUGUCCCCCACCCAAGCGCCUCAAGACAAAUAGCUUUGGCGGGAAAGACCGAGGGGAGGAUGAGGAGAGCCGAGAACGGAUGGCUUCUGAUGUCACCACCAACAAGGGUAAUCUGGAAGACCGCUGUUUGUCCUGCGGUAGGAGGAACCCUGUGUCCUUCCAUCCGCUCUUUGAGGGUGGGCUCUGUCAGAGUUGCAGGGAUCGCUUCUUGGAGCUCUUCUACAUGUACGAUGAGGACGGCUAUCAGUCCUACUGCACCGUGUGCUGCGAGGGCCGGGAACUGCUUCUGUGCAGCAACACGAGCUGCUGCAGGUGCUUCUGUGUGGAGUGUCUGGAGGUGCUGGUGGGGGCAGGCACAGCUGAGGAUGCCAAGCUGCAGGAGCCCUGGAGCUGCUAUAUGUGCCUCCCACAGCGCUGCCAUGGCGUCCUCCGGCGCAGGAAGGACUGGAACACGCGCCUCCAAGAUUUCUUCACGACCGAUCCUGACCUCGAAGAGUUUGAGCCGCCCAAGUUGUACCCAGCAAUUCCUGCAGCCAGAAGGAGGCCCAUUAGAGUCCUGUCUCUGUUUGAUGGCAUCGCGACAGGCUACUUGGUGCUCAAAGACUUGGGUAUUAAAGUGGAAAAAUAUGUUGCCUCUGAAGUUUGUGCAGAGUCCAUCGCUGUGGGAACGGUUAAGCAUGAAGGCCAAAUAAAAUAUGUGAAUGACGUCAGGAAAAUCACCAAGAAAAACAUUGAAGAGUGGGGUCCAUUUGACUUGGUGAUUGGUGGAAGCCCAUGCAAUGAUCUCUCCAAUGUCAAUCCUGCCAGGAAAGGCCUAUAUGAGGGCACAGGAAGACUCUUCUUUGAGUUUUACCACUUACUGAAUUAUACACGCCCCAAGGAGGGGGACAACCGUCCAUUCUUCUGGAUGUUCGAGAAUGUGGUGGCCAUGAAAGUUAAUGACAAAAAAGACAUUUCCCGAUUCCUGGCGUGUAACCCAGUGAUGAUCGAUGCCAUCAAGGUAUCUGCUGCUCACAGGGCCCGAUACUUCUGGGGUAACCUACCUGGGAUGAACAGGCCCGUGAUAGCUACAAAGAACGAUAAACUAGAGCUGCAGGACUGCUUGGAGUUCAGCAGGACAGCAAAGUUAAAGAAAGUGCAGACAAUAACCACCAAGUCGAACUCCAUCAGACAGGGGAAGAACCAGCUUUUCCCCGUAGUCAUGAAUGGCAAGGAUGACAUUUUGUGGUGCACUGAGCUCGAAAGGAUCUUCGGCUUUCCUGCACACUACACAGACGUGUCCAACAUGGGCCGUGGCGCCCGCCAGAAGCUGCUGGGAAGGUCCUGGAGUGUGCCAGUCAUCAGACACCUCUUCGCCCCCUUGAAGGACUACUUUGCAUGUGAAUAGUUCUACCCAGGACUGGGGAACUCUUGGUCAGAGCCGGGGCCAUGGAGUCACCCCCCCUCCCUGAAGGCACCUCACCUCUCCCCUUCCUCAGCUCACCUGUGUGGGGCCUCACCUCACUGUGUACCUCAGCUUUCUCCUGCUCAGUGGGAGCAGAGCCUUCUGGCCCUUGCAGAGGAGCCCAAGGUGCUCCCUCCAUGUGCACAGCUCUGCACAGCUCAGCCCCGGCUGCUGAGAGCAGCCUGGCAUGGUGCUCAUGCAUUCUUAUCCUGAAACUUUAGAACUUGAAGU